AUGAACUACGAUAAAUAUUUAGUCUUUGGUGACUCCAUCACUGAAUUUUCUUACAACCCCCAAAUCUAUCCAGAAGAUCCAAUUCAAUUCACAUGGGGUGGAGCUUUAACCAGUGCUUACACCAGAAGAAUGGACAUCAUUCAAAGAGGUUUCAUUGGUUAUAAUACCAGACAAGCUAAAAAGAUUCUUCCAAAGAUUUUAGAAAAUGAUGGACAUAAUGUCAAGAUGGCCUCCAUUGGGUUUGGUACCAAUGACGCUUCUACCGCUGGUCCAUUUGUAGUUCCUAUUGAGGAAUAUCGUCAAAACAUGCUUGAUAUGAUUAAGAUGCUUCGUGAUAAAGGUAUUGAAAAAAUUAUCUUAAUCUCUCCAGCUGCCAUGGACCACAAACAUUGGAAGGCAAAGGUCGAAGGGGACAUCAAGAUUGGUAUGGAAAGAAGUACUGAAGCUUUUACUCCAUACGUUAAGUGCCUAGAAGAAAUUGCCCUUAAGGAGAAGAUUGGUGUCGUUAACUUGAACAAACCAUUCCUAGCAGAAAUUUCUAAAAGACCAAACGAUUGGCAAAAGUUAUUUGUUGAUGGUGUUCAUUUAGGUAACGAUGGUUCGAAAAUCUACUUCAAUGAAUUGAUGAAUGCCAUUAAGAAGUACUACCCAGAGUGUUACCCAGACAACUUACCUUACAAACUACCAGAAUAUCCAGAUUUACUUCCAGAUAUGUCCAACUUGAACCCAUAA